AAAUGUAUAUGCCCAAUAUGCUGAAUAUAUAAUUAUUGCAUGUGUGAAGAUCAAACAAUUUCUUGUUUGUGUGAAUUAGUUUAUAUUCAUUUUAAAGGAAAUAAUACGAAAACUUUAAGAUGUUGUACUCGUCGUCAGAUGUUUUUACCCAACUUCAACCCCGGCACGUGGGCCGGAGAGAGCGACAUCCGGGUGCACGAGAAAGACAUUCUGCACAGCGUCAAAGACAUGCGCAAGAUUCGGAUAUUUCACAAUCAAAUAGACCCCAAACUACCAUACCUCAAUCCAACCUAAAACCAAAAUCAUCAUAUUCAAUGAAUUCGGCAAUAUCUGAAUUUUCCCAUAACAGAGGGAACAGACAGACGCGCCAUGAGGAACAUGAAAGGGUUACGUCAUCUUACCGUGAAGUUUCAACAAUUGAAGAUAUCCGCGCGAGUAUGAAUGCCACCGCGAAACCUAGGUCAGCCCCUCCCCCGCAGAUUCCUGAUUGGAUGAUUAAUUUAGAUAUCAACUUAGAUGUGUCCUCAGUAGAUAUUAUCCCACCAUUUGAGGAAAAAGAACGAAAUAAAAUUGACAGAGAUGCCGAAACAUUUACCGAAUCGCCUUCUUUUAUGUAUCUUGAUACCAACGCAGACGACAGUGAUGGUGAAGAUACUGGUUCAAAAGAGACAAAAGAACGGUUAGAACCAAAAACAAAUGAACUAAAGGCGAAUUACGAGUAUAACCAAACGCAUAAAAAUGUUCAUUCUAAUAGAUCGCAGGCAAGCCAACAUAACCGUCCAGUGUCUUCAAAGGGAGGUAACAAACCAGUGUCAAACACAUUUAGAAUCGCUCGAGGAUUUUCACCAACGCUAAAAGAAAAUGAAAGUCCUCGACGUUAUCAAGGUGAUAAAAAGGUGAUGUCUAUGCAGCAAGGUGGUAUCCGAAGUACACCAAUGCAGCCUAAGUCAAAGAAAUUUAUCAACCAAAUGAUUACAUACAGACAUAUGAAGCACCAUGACAACAAGAUUAGAAUAGCUAAACCUGCUAUUGACACUAAAAUGCCAGCUACAUUUAAAAUAGCACUCGAAAGAAAACAGCUUGUCGAGAAUAGACUGAGCGACUCAUGGAGCAGAGCAUCAGCCACACCAUCUCCAUCAAAGUCUUCAACAGAAAAUAUUUCAAAGUCACAAACCACGCAAAGAUCAAGAUAGUUUAUGAACUGAUGAUACAUUAAUGUGAUACUUGUUAUUUCAUAUAGUUCAUGAACUGAUGAUAAUUUCCUGAGAUACUUGUUAUCUAAUAUAGUUCAUGAACUUAUGAUAAAUUACUGUGAUACUUGUUAUUCAAGAUAGUUCAUGAACUGAUGAUAAACUCCUGUGAUACUUGUAACUUAAGGUAGUUCAUAAAUGAUGAUGAAAUACUGUGAUACUUGUAAUUUAAGGUAGUUCAUUAGCUGUUAUGCUUAUCAUUCAAGAUAGUUCAUGAAGUGAUGAUGAAUUUCUGUUAUACUUGUAAUAAAAUAUAAUAAAUGAGCUGAUGACGAAUUCCUAUGCUACUUGUUAUUCAAGAUAGUUCAUGAACUGAUGAUAAAUCCCUGUGAUACUUGUUAAUUUAUAUUGACUGUGAUAAAAUUGUGUAAAUGUGAUAUUUUCAUAAUUUAUGUUACACGCGUUCAUUUAAAUGUGAUCUGUCUGUGACUUUUGUAGUUUAUGAUGACUGUGAUAGAAAUCUGUAUUAAAAUUCAUUUUUUAAUUUAAUUAAAUUUACGUAAAUAAACAUGACAUUUUGUCUGUUAAAAUGUUAUUUGCAUUAAAUAUUUAUUUAGCAGUAAUUGCAUUGCAUUGGACAGUAGAGAGUGAAAAAUGAAUCGCGAUUAACGUCGUCGAAGAAGAGUUACUUCCCUUACUGGAACUGACGUAAAUGAGGGGGGGGGGUUAAUUCUAUACAGAUCUAAGUUGCCUGCCCUGGCGACAAAUGAAAGGGAUCCAUUACUGAUGUUGGACUAUCUUUGGUGUUGAUUUUUUCCAUCACAAACAACUUAUUAUGAAAUCUAUCUUAUAGAUUUAACUUUCACAGACAAGACAAAUGUAUAUAUCCAUUUCACUGUAUUUUUUUUGUUGUUUUAUGUUUUCGCUAAGGUUUAUAAUGUCGGGUAAUUGCUUUCCGUGUUGAAGCAGUAAAACUGUUA